CGUGAAUUGGCGCUCCCGCGUUUGACUUCAAAGUCGCGACGGAGGCCUGAGAGUCACAAGACAAGGUUCUGCACAACCGUGUCUCGUUCUGCAUCGACCGGAAGCAUCAUGGCACGGGGCGAACGAUCGGAAGAAGUAUGGGCUUGGUACACGGCAGUCUACGAAGCCGUUCAGGAGAUACCAUAUGGGCGCGUCACAACCUAUGGGCACAUUGCGAGACUGGUCGGCAAACCUGAAUGUCCAAGACAGGUCGGAGUCUGCCUGAAACACCUCCCUUCUCCGUCGACGGAUCCCACGAAGCCGAGCUCGACAUUCCACAGCGGGAAUGUGCCGUGGCAGCGCGUGAUCAAUGGCAGAGGCGGCAUCAGUCCCAGAGGACCGUCUGGCGCCUCGCGACAAGCUGCCGCUCUACGGGCAGAAGGGGUAGAAGUGGAACAGGGAUCCAUGGGCGAGUUUACCGUUAACCUGGAGAGGUUUGGGUGGUUCCCGGAUAUGCUGCCCAGCGAGGCUGCGCUCGUCGAGGGCAGCGAUGAGGAGGACGAGGAGGAUGAGGAAGCUCGGGAUGAGGCUGCUUACCACACUUGAGAUGGGAACUCGCGAGACAAAUCGCAUGUGACAGACCGAGAGGCACGUUUCGGCUCAUGUGUGGUCGAACGGAUCACACUCCAAGACUACUUGGCGGAUAUGUCGGAUGGAAGCCUGGGCGGCACAGCUGCUCGUGGUAGGACGGGGAAACCUUAUUGCUCUCUCGCUGCGACGGGAUGACUCGCCCGAUAUGGCUGCAGUCGAGAUAGGAAGACGCCGGACUGGGGAAUGGGUGGGGGGCGAGCUUGUUUAGGGGAACAUGAGGGGGAAGCGGGCACGUCCGGGCGGCUGUGCUGUGCUGAGAUUCGAAAGCGCGUGCUUCAAGGCAGCCACUUCAUAAGCGUAGGCCGAUGGAGAGGAGACAGGAUACUGAGCAAUCAGAGUGGUUGUUGAGGGCGCACCAGCAUCUACGGCACUGUGAUGGAGCAGAUGAAUGCCAAGGAAUGUCAGUGGGGGAACCGGCAUUGG